AUGAAUAUAUUAUUUAUUGUUAUUGGUAUUAUUUACUUCAUUGCUUCAAAUGAUGCAAUAAUUCUUACAAAGAAAGAACAAAAACUUACUUUACGUGGUCGAAUUGUUUUUUCUAGUGGUUCACGUAUACCAAUUGAACCUAAUGGAAUAUUAACAGUUGAACUACAAGAUACAACACUUGCUGAUGCCCCAGCAAGAGUUAUUGCACGAAAUAUAGGUAAAGCUAUUCGAUUUCCAAUGGCAUUUGCAAUAAAAUAUUCACCAAAACAAAUUAUUGAUGGAAGUUUAUGUUCAUUACAUGUCACUAUAAGAAAUAAAAAUGAUGAAUUAUUAUAUACAAAUGAUUAUCAUAUUAGUGUAAAUCCAGUUGGUCCUAAUCGAACAAAACUUAUUGAUGUACCUGUUAUACUUGUUAAAAACACACCACCAGUUGUUAAAAAAACUCAAUGGCCUGAAUUAGUUGGUAUAAACGGUAAAGAUGCAGUUAACCUUAUUAAACAAGAAACAGGCUUUUCAAGUGUUAUGACAAUCGAAGAAGGAUCACCGAUCACAUUAGAUUAUCGUAUGGAUCGCGUUCGUGUUUUUGUUAAUAAGAAAGGCAUAGUAGCAAGUGUUCCAAGUAUUUCCUAA